CGCUAGCAUCCACUAUCCUGAAUGGACCAUCAACUAAAUGGCAGGUAUUUAAUUGCCAGUACAUCAACAUUUAUUUGAAAUCACUGGCUUUCUUAGCUCUAAAUUGUUUUCUAGGUUUGCAAAACUUGCUGUUGCAGUUGGUUUUGUAGUCAUGCUAUAUUGCGUCGUUAGUGUGGUUUGGGGUUUGGGCAUCCCCGGCUGCAAAGCAUCAAGUGGUGUGCGGGAGCAGAGCAUAAAUAAUCAGCUAAACUUCCAACCUGGCAACCUUCUUCAAGUCACUUCUGCCAGUGAGAGAGGAGUCGCGUCCAUCAGCGGGUAUGGUACUUGUGGAAUUUUGAUCCAACUGGACAUCAUACAAUCAAUUUACGAUAAUCGAAACGGCACUUUAUAUUUCUGAAAACGUUAGAGAAAAAAAAUCCUUUCCCGACCGUUUGCCCAUGCAUGAUGAAGAUUGGGGAAAGGAAUCAAAUUGCAAGUAUUUAGAUUUCCCGAAGUCAAACUAACAAUUAUAGCCUGUCAUCGACUGGGAAUUAAGCAGUGAAAAUGGCAACUUUUGCUUUUGAGGGAACUUCGCUCAUGAACAUGUUUGUACAAAACUGUUGGGUUGUUGGCACACAGCGAAUAAUUAGUCAACGCGGAGAGGAAGAAUUCAUUGAAGUCCGGACCGAGUUAUCGGACAGGAGCGUUCUCUAUUUGCACAGAACGGACCGCGAUCUCGGAAGCCUUCUAAAGAGACUCAUGGAUGCUUUCCCAGAGGAUAGAGCAACUCCUACACAGUCAGCGCUCCUAGAUGGACUUGUGCGAAUAAGAGACGCUGCAGAGGCCAAUGAUAUUGAGAUUCGAUUGCAAGAGGUGGAAAAACUCCUCAGGAGGGUCGUUACCUUGCCAAUGAAGUAUUCACGGUCAGAAGCAGUGCUCACGUUCUUUGAGCAAUCUCCGCUGGACCUGAUGAUAAGAGAAAACAACAUCAACAACAUGGAGCCAUACUACCAGAGUCCAGUAACAAUAUCAGAUAUCAUGAGGUGCAAUGGAUUUUGUCUGGCUAACACAGAGACCAUUUUUUAUGACUACAGUGCACCACAGGUCAGACACAGAGCCCUGUCAAUGUCCACAUGUACAGAGUCUGCAGGUUUUGGGUACGAUACCCAAUCUGGGUUUAAGGAGACCCUGGACAUCGUUGAGACAGCAUCAACGGAUGGUAGUGCCGAAGACCAAGAAACGUCUUUCCCUAAUCUGACGUACUACCAACUACUGACCUACGAGACUGAUAUUCUGGAAUGAACGACAGUGGCGGACAUAUUGUUUGAGUCUGUAUGGUUCUCACUUGUUUACCUACACUUUCAGUGGUCCGGUCCAAAUGAUGUAGGUUACAGACAGGGUUGGGGAGUAACAGACUACAGUAGUCAGUUAUGUGUAAUCUCAUUACCCCUCCAAAAAACUGUACCUGUAACAAGUUACGUUACCAGCAAAAAUAUUGUAAUCGAAUUAAAGAUACUUUUGGAAAAACUAGAUUAAUUUAAAUUCAGAAAUUAUGUUUUGCAAAAAAUACAUUGAGACCUUUCUGUUUUCUCAAUGACAUUCAAUUCAGCAUAAAAAAAAACAAGGCUCAAGUUUAAGUUUGUUCCACUUGAGUGAGUUUUGACCACAAGACCACUAUGACGACUCACCAAUGUGUUUGACAAAUCCUUUUUGUUGUUGUUGUCUUCUAAUGCCUCUUAAGAGGAAAGUAACUGAAAUCAUUCAGAUUACGUUAAUGAGUUUGGGUAAUCCAAAGGGUACAUUACUGAUAACAAUUUUGAACAGGUACAGUACUUUUGGCCAUGUAGUGUAACAGAUUACAUUUAGAAAGUAACCUACCCAACCCCUGGUUACAGACUGUUGCUGCUAGACUCACCUGGUCUGGUCUAAAUGAUGUAGGUUACAGACUGCUGCUGCUAGAUUCAAAUGGUUUCACAUUUGUGCCACGAUGAUGGUAGAGUAAAAAUUACUCGUUCUCCAAACUUAUUAACAAAUAUACUAACUCUUAACAAGAUAUUAACUGACUUGCCUAGUUAAAUAAAUGUUAAAUAUAAAAUAAAUUAAUAGGAAAUAUAUUGCAUUGCAGUGAGAACUGGUGUCAUUCCUUUCCAGGUUAAAUCACUAGAUGUGUUUUCCCAACAUGCAGGAAAAAGGUUUGCUCAACUUAUUCUAGGGUUUCACAUCCUGGAAUCUGCUAUGUUAAAGUUUUGUCGAUAAAUACUGGUUGGGGAUGGGGAGAUCAGAGGGAUAUAGCACAGGAAGGGAGUGGUGGGGCAAUGUGGUGGUCUGCGGGCGGCAGCACUACCACCAGACCAGACCCCACCACAUUUCCAUGGAUCUGUACCCCUAUCGCAUAUCUUGUUGGAGCCCACAUUGCAGUAGGAUUAAAUCUGACGCCAUAAUGCACAGUGAGAAAAGGGUACAUAAAUGAGAGUAAGUAAAUUGUGUAUCUCAUGCCUGAGUGGGGCCCACAUUGGAAUUGGUUCCCCAGUCUAGAAUGUAAGCUGCACAACACUGCCGCCAACAGGCCAAUAAGGAUAAAAGCACAUUCCAGAUAUGGUGCAGUUCUUUGGCUGCAUCUCGAUAGUGGCUUUCUCUCCUCGUCUCCUCUCCUUCAUCUGCAUUGAUCUGGUGGUCUUGUUUUGAUCUGUAACAAACUGGUGAAAAUAACAUGGUGAAGCCUAUACUAGAUCUAGUCCAAUCCAGUUCUUUACCUAGUCCAAUCCAGUUCUUUACUAAGUCCAAUCCAGUUCUUUACACCAGCUAGUCCAAUCCAGUUCUUAAUCUAGUCCAAUCCAGUUCUUUACUAAAUCCAAUCCAGUUCUUUACUCCAGCUAGUCCAAUCCAAUUAUUUACCUAGUCCAAUCCAGGUCUUUACAAUACCUAGUCCAAUACAGUUCUGAAGUCAGUCCAAUCCAGUUCUUUACGCCAGCAAGUCCAAUCCAGUUCUUUACACCAGCUAGUCCAAUCCAGUUCUUUACGCCAGCAAGUCCAAUCCAGUUCUUUAUGCCAGCUAGUCCAAUCCAGUUCUUUAUGCCAGCCAGUCCAAUCCAGUUCUUUAUGCCAGCUAGUCCAAUCCAGUUCUUUACGCCAGCCAGUCCAAUCCAGUUCUUUACGCCAGCCAGUCCAAUCCAAUUCUUUACGCCAGCUAGUCCAAUCCAGUUCUUUAUGCCAGCCAGUCCAAUUCUGUUCUUUACGCCAGCUAGUCCAAUCCAGUUCUUUACGCCAGCCAGUCCAAUCCAAUCCAGUUCUUUAUGCCAGCUAGUCCAAUCCAGUUAUUUACGACCAGUCCAAUAGAGUUAUUUUACACCAGUGUAAAUGAAGAAAAGUAGACAAGUAGAGGAAGCCAUUUUAGACUAUUCAAAUCAAAUGUAAUUUGUAUUUGUCAAAUACACCAUUUCGCAGAAAGUGUAAAAGGUGCAAUGAAAUGCUUGUAUGCUAGCUCACUCAACAUUGCAGUACAAUAAUCAAUAUCCAAAUGAGAUAGAGCCUGUGUAUUUUCAUCUUGCAUUCGUUGGUUCCCUGAUCAUUUUGCAAUUGAGUUAAUAUCAUACCAUCUAAUUCCUUUAUUAGAUUAACAGUGCAGUAUUUUGGUUUAAGCGUUGUUAUAAAAAGAGUUGCCUAAUGUCUCGACCGUCAAUGAUGGAAAAGAUAAACAAGGAACUGGGGCGGCAGGGUAGCCUAGUGGUUAGAGUGUUGGACUAAUAACUGAAAGUUUGCAAGUUCAAACCCCUGAGCUGACAAGGUACAAAUCUGUUGUUCUGCUCCUGAAAAGUCAGUUAACCCACUGUUCCUAGGCCAUCAUUGAAAAUAAUAAUUUGUUCUUAACUGACUUGCCUAGUUAAAUAAAGGUUAAAAAAAUGCAUUUAUUGACCUUUUUUUCUUUUUUUAAACAUUAAUGUAAAUGUUAAAUAAUCCACACAAAAAAUAAAGAGUGUA